CAAUCUCCCAACUUCCAUCGGACAUUCACAGUUGUCACCACUUGUGAACACCGACGAGAUGGCACAACUCUUCAACAGUCUCUUUGGAGGCUCCAAGCCAUCUGCAUCUCCAAUUCCAGCAGGCGAUUCUGAUUUCGCGGAUUUUGCUGGAGCUCCUGAUCCUUCACCAGCUUCCUUCUCUGCUAUUCCAACAGCAGCCAGCUUCGCAGGAGGAAGUGCGCUCCCUACUGGCAGAGCUGUUCCAUAUACGAAAUGGUACAACAUUCACGAACGCUACUCUUUGAGCGACUUCAAGCAGGAGGGAGUGAUCCUUGGUUUGAUUCUGGUUAUUAUGGCUAUUCAUUUGUUUGGAACAAGCACAAACAAGAAGAAGGCAAAGCAAUGGAUUUCUGCACAUGCGCCGGUAUUACAGAAAGAGUUUGCGCUGGUUGGAUUUGGUGGUCCCAACAGCCCUACUGCAGAAGAUGUCGAGAGCGAGGGCCUGGCUAAGAGCAUGGCUGAUGAGAACCUCGAGCUUCCUGGAGAUAUCCUGAAGGAGAAGUCGCCGCAAGAGUUCACAACCUAUGCGACUGGCAGACAGAAUGUCGCAUUCCUCGAUGUCAAGCUCACCUUGUUGAAGCGCUACAGCCCUCUGAGCUUGUUGGCCGAGUAUGGCAUGAGCCUAUUCUUCGACAGCAUGCCAGCACCAUUCGAGCAGAUGGAAGCUAUUCUGUAUCCAUUCGAUGGCAGGGAAGCUUUGACGGUCCCCGGCCAGAUUCCCGGCGCACACGAGCUCCGAAAGGAUACCAAGAGUAGCUACGAUGGAUUUGUCUGGGCAAUUGUGAACAAGGAGACCAUGAAGCAGCUUCGUGAUGACAGAUAUGAUGUCUCGAUCACCAGCACCAAGGACACUCCUAAGCUCCCAGCGUGGGCUACGGUUAUGAGCGAGAGCGCCGAAAUCACUGAUUUCCUGCUCACUUCCGAGUUGAUUAAGGCUGUUGAGGAUGCAGGAGAUCUAUUGAACCAUCUCAUCAUCACGGAUCAACCUAUUGAUCAACCCCUCAAGCUCGAUGACACUGUUCCCAAGAAGCGAAUUUACCUCUCCAUGCGAAUUCCUUCCUCCGGCGAUUACUCCAAAGUCAUACCUCUCUUCCACUACUUCGUACGCCUGGCAGAUCUUUUGGUCCAAGGCGCCCACUUCAGACCAGAAGUUCUGCGAAAAGUACGCACCACUCGCGACGAUACCGUCCGCAGACUACAAAAAGCCGAUGAGGAAGAAAAGGCAGAAGAGCGAAAUAUCGAACGAGAGAAGGCCAAGAAAUUGAAAAGAGAUCUUGAGUUGAAAGGCCUCGAUGCCAAGGGACAGAAGAAAUACCUCGAGAAGGAGAAGGAGCGCGAAAUGAAGAAGAGUCAAAAGAAGAUGACUACACGUGGAUAAGCAGGGGCGAUUGUAUACAUCUGUAUAGUGUAUAAUGGGUCAUAAUCUGAGGUGUUUGGUGGUUUACGUGUAACAUAUUAUUUUCAUGUAGCCACUUAUCUCCACCAUACUCUUAACGACGAUCACCCAUAAAUCCACGGAAGCACAUCGCAGUUGCACCUCUCGCUCUUGAUUGAAAACAAACAAGAGGCAAGCCUGGCUUAGGAUACCAGC